AUGUAUCUCAAACAGGCGGAUGGCAGUACGGCGAGACUCAUGAUCAAUGGCGGGCGCCACUCAGAGGACAUCGGCGUACCUGCAAAAGCUGAAGGAGAUGACAGAGUCCGCACCAUUCAUUUCUUGCCAACAGGAAUCGACGUCCGGAACUUCGACGGAAACUCUCUGAGCUCGAAAGGAAAGCGACUGCUGCGCAACCCCACGUUCCCUGGCGCCUUGAUGCUGUACAAGGCGAUUAUGAACGAGAAGAAUGAUACCAUGGACGAUGUUAUCAAGCUGUGGGAGGAGGAAACCGGUCUGAACUUUGAUGAGACAUUCCCACACCCCGGCCUCGAUGCGUGCAUGGAGUGCUUCCACAAGGGUCUGCCAUGCGACGGUGCGCCUUGCCGAAGAUGCAUAGAUACUGGAGCUCCACGUUGCACUUUUCAAGCCCUUCCACCAGAUCGAGUCAACGUCUCCAAGUACGGCCAACUAUCAUCGACGGAAUCUUCGGCAACGGAACGAGUCGAGUCCCACAGCCGUCGCUGGCACAAGAAGACUUUGUUGAAGACAAUUCGCAAACUACUACAGGUCUCGAUGAGAUUCCAGAGGAAGAUGACGAUGACGACGAGCCUGCGGAAUUCAUCGGCAAAGGCAAGGGUAGAGCCGCUGCUCCCCAGCCUGCUAGUCGCCGGAGGAUGA